AUGGAUGACACCGAGAAGGAAUUCCAGCGGGUGAUCCGUCGCCACUACCGCGAAAAAAGGGAGUUGGAAACUCACAUCCAGGCCCUGAAAAAUUCCGUCCCAAAGAACGACAAGGAGAGAAGAAAGCAGUUGCUCGCCGACAUUGCCCGCCUCGAGGCCGAGAUGGAGCAGAGGCACCAGCAGGAGCUGGAGAAAUUUGAAGAUCUGAACACCAGCGUGGAAUCGGUCACGGCUGACUUCACAAAGAUGAAUCUCGAGAAUAUGCCUCCACGCCCAUCAAAGAGCCAGAAAAGGCACGAGCGAAGAAGAGCUAACAUGGAGAGAAGACGCCAGGAGAGGAUGCCGGUGGAGCAGGCCGAACAACUGGCCACCUUCCGUCGCGAGGAGGAAGAGAAGGUUGCGGCCAUCCUAGCGGCCCGAAAUCUGGAGAUGAAGGCCAUCCCUGCUGACGGACACUGCAUGUACCGUGCCAUCCAGGACCAGCUGGUGUUCUACGCCACUGUGGAGAGCCUCCGCUACCGCACAGCCUGCUACAUGAAGAAACACAUCGACGACUUUUUACCUUUCUUUACCGAACCGGAGGUCGGCAACUUCUACACCAAGGAGGACUUCCUGAGGUACUGCGAUGACAUAGUGAACAGGGCUUCGUGGGGCGGCCAGCUGGAACUGAGAGCCAUGUCGCAUGUCCUGCAGACCCCCAUCGAGGUGGUACAAGCCAACUCACCCAUCAUUGUCAUCGGGGAGGAGUACAAACGGAAGCCGCUCAUACUGGUCUAUCUGCACUACGCCUGCCACUUCGGAGAGCACUACAAUUCGGUAAAGCCCAUCGAGGCAGCUGGCGCUAUUGGCUGCACCGCACCGCGCCUGUUCUAG